UUUUUUAUUAUAAAAUGCUUUUUCUAUAUAUAUAAAAAAUUUUAUUGAUAUAGUUGUCUGAAUAUAUAAAAUUAGAUUUUUUUUUUCUAAGAAAUUUAUGUACAAUGCAAGUUAUAUAAAAUUUUGAAAAUUUAAAUUUGAAUUUAUGCAUAAAAAUAGAAUAUUUAUUUAAAAUUUUUAUUAUUAAAAAAAAUAAUCUUCUAUUUUAUAAUUAUAUAAUUAUAUAAUAAAUAUUUUAUAAUAUAAUUUACAUUUUAUAAACUAAUAUUUUACACUCUAAAUGAAAUUUAUAAUUUUUCUGUAUAAUAUAGAUUAUAUUCCUAUAAAUAUUACUACAUGUGCCUUCAAUUUUGUUAAUUUAAAUUUGAAAAAUUAAAUUUGAAUUUAUGCAUAAAAAUAUAUAAUUAUAUAAUUAUAUAAUAAAUAUUUUAUAUUAUAAUUUACAUUUUAUAAACUAAUAUUUUACACUCUAAAUGAAAUUUAUAAUUUUUCUGUAUAAUAUGGAUUAUAUUUCUAUAAAUAUUACUACAUGUGCCUUCAAUUUUGUUAAUUAUUAAAAUAUUAAGAUUUCAAUAACAAUUAUGCAUAUAUAUUGCUAAAUGUUAUUUAAAAAAUGUUCACUGUUUAAAAAAAGAAUAAAUUAAAAUUACUAGUUUCUUUAUUGUUAUAAAUUUUCAUUUAAAAAGAAAUUUACUAAUAUUUUUUAUUUUAUAUAAUUUAUCCCUAUAAUUGCAUAUUAAUUAUUAAUUUUUUUGUAAUAAAUAUAAAAUAACUCAUAAAGAUAUCUAUGUUACUAUAAUUUAUAAAUAACAAAAUAAAAAAACAAAUCAAAUUAAGAAUUGUUUCAUUAAUAUUUAUUUAUUUAUUAUUUUGAAAUUAAAAUUAAAUACUAUUAAAUUUUUUUUUAAAAUAUAUUGAUAUAAAAGUACAAACUUACUCUUAUAUCAAAUUUUAAACUUAAAAUUAUAAAUACAUCAUAGUAUAUAUAAAUACAAUUAAUAUUUUAUAUAUUAUAAUAAUUAAUAUUUUUUUAUAUUUUAUUUUAUUUAUUCAUUCGUUCGAAAUUUUUUUUUAAAAAUAAAAAUUAAAUUUAAGUUAAAGAAAUUCAAGCAUUGAUUUUUAUGAAUUUAUUAUAUACAUCGUGUGAUAAGCCUAUACGAUGCAAUUGGAAAUGUGAAAAGUUGACUAAAUAAAUAUAAGUUUCAAAAAAAUAAUUAGAAUUAUAAAAUUUUCAAUAUCAGAAUAAAAAGAAAUAAAAAAUAUAAAGAUAUAUUAGUAACUCUAAAAAUUAUUAUAAAUUUAAAUCGAAUUUUUUAUUUGUGGUUAGAUUUAGUUUUUUUUAAUAAAUUGUGAAUUCAUAUAUAUUAUAUCAAAUAAAUAUAAUAAAUAUUGAAUACAUGAAAAAAUUAUUCUAUAUAAUUACAUAAUUUAAUAUGCAUAACAUAUUGUAACAAUUUUACAAAUAAUAAUCUUAUAAGAUUAAAAAAUUUUGUUUGCCAUUUUUACAUUAUAAAAGAACAACAUAGAUAUUAUUGCGAUAUAUAAAUUAAAGAAUAUUACAUAAUAUCAAUAAUUAGUAAAAAUAUAUAUUUCUUUUUAUAAGAAAAUUUUAAUAUUACAGUAAUAUUAAUUUAAAGUGAAAUGAAAUAAAAUGUAAUAUAAUUAUAAGUGACAUAAAUAAAAUCAUAAUAAUGUAUAGAUUAAUGCAUCAUCAAAAAUUCAUUUUUCAAAAUCAAAGGAUUUUACCUUUUACGUAUACUUAUAUACGAUAUCAAAUACAACAAGAAAAAAAGUCAGAAAAACAUAGAAUAUCUAAUAUCAAAGAAUAUUGGUUUAAUAAAUAUAUAAAUUAUAUUAAAAAUUAUGAUAAAGUAUUGGAAAAAAGAUUUCCAAAGACAAUGCAUGUAUAUCGUAUAUUUAGUAUCGGUACCAAAGAUUUUAUUCAAGACACAAAAAAAUUUAUCCAAAUAAAGACAAAAAAUAUUGAUACUUUAACUGCUGAUGAGUUACAAUUAUCAUAUACAGUGCAUAAAGAUAUUGUAAAGUUAUUUCCUCUUUUAUUAAUAUCUGCACUUCCUUUUACAAAUUACAUUAUCUUUCCUUUAGCAUAUUACUUUCCAAGAUAUCUUUUAACUUCUCAUUAUUGGACAUUACAACAAAAACUUGAAUUUAUGCUAUUGGAUCAUAAAAAAAGAUUAAAACAUAACAGACCAUUAUUUAGAUGCAUGCAAGCAGAGCUUCAUAAUAUUAAAGAUCACAAAUUGAAAUUAAAAUGGAGUGGUAUUAUUGCAUGUCUUGGCAGUGGUACACAUCCUAAUGUGAAAGAUAUUAUUGCCUGUUCUGAAUUAUUUGCAAAUGAGCCAUUUUCAUUAAAUAGCCUUAAAAGGAAACAUAUAAAAGAAUUACUUGGUAUUCAUAAUAUAUCUUCUUGGAAACUUUUUAAAAGAAGGAAAUUAAAAGAACGGAGUAUAUUAAUAAAACGAAUGGAUGAAGCUCUACAAAAAGAAGGUGGAACUACAACAAUGUCAAACGAUGCAAUACGCUGGGCACUUUCAUUUAGGGGUGUAAAUCCUGCAAAUAUGUCUUUAGAGAGUAUGAGAAAUUGGCUUGAACAAUGGUUCAUAAUAUCAAAUACAGUUAAUGAAAACACACUUUCAUUAUUAUUACAUUGUCCAAUAUUGUUGGCAUACAAUCAUCCUACUAACUGGAUUCUUGUAUACAGUUAAAACUGCUAUUAAAUUUGUUUUUUAUUAUAAAAAGAUAUAAAAAUUGUAAUAAUAUAAAGUUUAAAUAUUUAUGUUUGAA